AUGUAUAUUUUGCUCAAUUACGAGUACCAGAGCAAAGGGAAAUUCACUCCGAUGUGGAGCGCUUAUCAAGACUUCAUGGAAUUCUACGAGCACACGGAGCGACUCUGGCGAGACGCCGGCAUCCGCGAGGUGUACGCACAGCAGCACAAGUUCCAACUGAUUGACUGCUCCAAAUAUUUCUUGGACAAAGUCAGCGUCUUGAAGCAGCCGGACUACGUCCCCUGCGUGCAGGACAUCCUGCACAGCCGUCGCCGGACAACGAAUAUCCAGAAGAUUGAGUUCGAGGUGAAAAUCCCGCGCAAGUACGGCGGCGGAGGCUCGCUCACCUUCUGGAUGUUCGACGUCGGGGGCCAGAGGGGGGAGCGGAAGAAGUGGAUCCAGGUAUUUGACGGCAUCCAGACCGUGCUGUUCCUGGUGUCGGCGAGCUGCUUCGACCUGGUGGUGCGGGAGGACGAGGCCACCAACCGCCUGCAGGAGUCCAUAAAAAUCUUCCAAAAUGUUUGGGUCUCAAGAUUCCUGAAAGAUGCUGGAUUCAUCGUUUUCCUUAACAAGCAAGACAUCCUUAAGGAUAAAGUAGUGAAUUCGAAGAAAUGCAUCGGCGAUUAUUUCCCAGACUAUGCAAAUUAUAAAUUGGACGUAAAAGACCGAGAUCCAAAUGAGGACGAAGAGUACCAGAAGACGCGCUGCUUCAUCAGAGACCAGUUUUUAGAGAUCGCCAAGCAGCAGGUGACGCGCGAGGCGAGGAAGCUGUCCCCGGGCUUCAGCGUGGCGGAGGAGGAGCGCGUGCGCGAGUGCUACUGGCACUUCACCACGGCCACCGACACCAACAACGUCAAGCUCGUGUUCGAGGACGUCCACAACAUGAUCAUUAUGUGGAACCUGCAUGAAAUCGGGGUGAAGAUGGCCUAGGUCGGCCUACGGGCCGCGGGACGCCCUCGCAGGGCGCUCCUCUGGCCUCGUCCCGACGAGUCACUUGCCGUGCAUUUGCUCCUACAAAAGCUUCUUCACUUAGUUCUUUACUGUGCAUAUAAAUAUGAUAUGUCAUUCAUAUGCUAUAAUUUUAUACAAUCACUGAGAGACUAUAAUCUUCAUAUAUUUUCCAUUUGAAAUGGAGUUAUGCAUGAGUUGUUAUUUAUUAGUAGUGAGUUUUAAUGUCCAUAAUAAUCAAAUUUAGUUAAAGAAUAUAUAAAUAAAUUUCUGUGUAAAAUUAGCAUAGUAAUACCUUACAAUGUC